AUGUUUAUUCAGCCAAUAACGCUGCUUUGCUGUGAGCCACUCAUUACAGCCACAGAGGUGACUCUCAAACCACUCGAGAAGGCACACAACCAAGCAUUACGACUAAUUACUGGAGGGAUAAAAUCUACACCCAUUGAUUCAAUGUUCCUAGUUACAGGAAGCACUACAACAUGUUCCCUUAUCAAAGAAAAGGCCUUGAUCCUCUUUGAGAAGCUGCUGCUCAUUCCCAUGGAUAAGUUCUUCAACACCUAUGAGAAUAGAUCAAGACAUCUGAAAACGCAAUCUGGUCUAAUACAGAAAGCCAUAGAACUGAAGAAAGCGUUACAAAUCGAUGGCAAACCAAAAAGCCUCUCUCCCCAUGACCCAUAA